ACAAGAGUACAGAAAACACAAAGGGCGAGGGUCAUACUCGUGAUUGUGAUACUUCCAGGUAAAACAAAUACUUAAUUAAGGCCUUAAUCUGUUAAUCCAUUUUCAGACAAAGUUAAAUAUUUUAUGUGUUUCUAUAAUUUCUAAAUUUGAUUUAGUUUGUUAUGUUUAUUUUGUUGUAUUACUAGCUACAAACUAACGGUUUUUUGUUGUGGUCUCAUGGCGGACCCUUUCAUGGGACAGGUGUUGUUCCUGGAACAAAGAAAAUUUCCUUAUUUGUCAAUUUAUUUCAUUAUUCUCGUUUUGUCUUGGCAUAUAAAGUUCAGAUUUAUUAGCUGAGUUUUAAAGUUUUUUCUUAAAAAUAUUUUGAUCCUUUAAUAUUAAAAUGAGUCACGUCUUUCUUUAUGAUACAAUGACUGUUUGCCGUCAGGAGGACAAAAAGAAUGAGUGCAAAUGUCGUGAUUAUUAAGACUAGAAUUGUACAACUAAAGCUAGAGUAGUAGUACGCGAAUUACACUAUUACGUAAUGAAUGAUGUAAUUACUAACUAAUAAACAUCCCGACGAGACAACUGAUAACGUUAAUUGUGGGAUUUUCUUCAAUUCUCAUUUGGAAAGAUAUUGAGUAAGAUUAUCUAAAGGAUUUUAUAGAAUUCGAUGUAAUUUACUAUCUAGAAAAUUAAAAUAUCAUUUACUCAACAGUUGUUUUUUUUACAUUAGUUGAAAGAACGAUACAAUAAAUAAACUGUUCUGUAUUGUCAUUUGGGAUGCCGAUCAAUUGAGAGUUUUAUAGUUGUUUUGUCUAUUAAAUUCAAAUGUUGAUCAAUGCUUUCUAUUUGUGGUGUAUGAAAUUAAGUAUCAUUACAAGAAGUCAGACGGAUCACGAAAAUACCUCUCAAUUAUGUCAAAUUUUUUAAUUUGAAUGAUUUAUUACACGUAGCCAGUGUUUGCUUAUUUACUAAUUAAAAUUAACUAUUUUCUUAACAGAUGAAUAGAUGAAUAUGAAACCAGACAGAGAAAAAUUGAGAACUCUUUUAACAGACACUGUCACGCUUCUUUGUCGAAACACGUUCGAAUGGAAUUUUCAAAGUCACAUGUGCGUACAGGGAGUAGUGGGUGUAACUCUCGAUGACAAAGAAGUUCUACUUGUUCAUAUAAAUCGUAAAGUUAAAUCGGGAUGUUCGGCUGAUACAACUUUUGAUGUCGAAGAUGCAAACGUUUGCGAAGAAAUUAUGUCAGAUGAUUUAGAAAGAUUAAUGAGGAAGAGGCGGAGUGGUGAAGGAAAGAAAAAGAGGAGACGCAGUAGCAGAGAGGAUUUAGGAAGCUCCGGUGAUUCAGACCCAAAUCAAGGAAGCACAUUUUCUACCCCACAAAAGGUUCACUCAACAAAUGGAAUUGGUUCCGAAGAAGAGAGAAAGAAAAAAGAGAAUCAUCUCCUAAAAGUCGUACUACCAGCUGUUGAGAAAUUAAAGGCUAAAGGUAUGGACGAUAGUGACUGUAGUGAAGGUAGCAACCAUGCAACAACUGCUUGUUCCACAAGCUCAACAGAAGAAAGGGGCGAUCGUAGAAAGUCAAGGAAGCCUCUGAAUAUCAACGCGCGAAGGGCAAAAUUUGAAAACAUGGAAAGCGAGGAAGAGACUGUUUUUGAAGAUACUGCCGAGCCUGUAAAAAUUGAGCGCGAAAGUAAAACAUUCGAGGCUGGAGUCUGGGAAGAAAGGAGUCAAAAUAUACCAAUGGACGAGGAUUCUGAGGGGAAAUUUGUUAUCCAUCAACCAGGCGAUCCUAAAGAGGACCUACAUAUUGACAAGGAUGAUCACAACACCUGGAUGCCUGGGAAAAAAGUACGUCGUUCAGCGCUUUCUAAGAGCAAGCCACACAAAUGCGAAAUAAAAGGAUGUGAUAAGUCGUUUUACCAUAAAACUCACCUGAGACGCCACGAACGACUUUCUCAUAAUAUGCUGCCGGCAAGACUCCGCCAUUUGGCUCAUGGUGGUAAUAGUAAUAAUGGGGCCAAUACUAGAAUUCCUACUCCUAUUUUACAAUCUCCGUCUUUCCCAAAUCCACCGCAUCCAGCAGCGUCUUCACUAUUGCAUGUUAUGCAACAGCCUGAUGUCUAG